GAGAAUAACAGAAUCUCCACCAAGCUUGGUAUGCACUCGUUCUUUCCCCUCUCUCUCUUUCACAGUUUGGUUUUUGUCGCAGUGUGAGAGAAAGCGUUGAAGCUUUUCUUCUUCCUCUACCCUUCUUCUCUUCUUCAAUUUCACUGUUCCUUUCUUCGCUUUUCCUUCAAUCAUUCCAAUCAUCCCUUUACUCGCAACCUUUUCUGACCAAAAAAAUUUCUGGGUUUCAUCUAUUUUUCGUUGGAAACAAUCGGAAACUGGUAAAAAAACGAUUUUGUUAUCUGGGUAUUGUUCAUCAUCGUCUAGUACUUUCCUCUGUGGCCAAACGGAGGAGAAAAUAGUUGGAAAAUGCUGGGGACUGCACUGCAGUUUGGUGGUGUUCGUGGUGGUGAUGAUCGGUUCUAUAUUCCGGUGAAGGCAAGGAAGAAUCAGAAUCAGCGUAAACAAGCUCAGAAAGCUGAAAGUGGUGGUGAUUCAACACCCAAGAGUAAACUUGUUGCUGCUGAAAAUGAGAGUCCUGAAACUCUUUGUCCAUCUGUGGAGUCUAUUAGUAAUAUUGAUAGGUUCUUGGAGUCAACAACGCCUUUUGUUCCGGCUCAGUAUUUCUCCAAGACAACUAUGAGAGGUUGGAAGACUUGUGAUGUAGAGUAUCAGUCUUACUUCUCCUUGAAUGAUCUGUGGGAAUCGUUUAAGGAGUGGAGUGCAUAUGGAGCAGGAGUGCCUUUGCUGCUUGAUCAAGGAGAAUCUGUUGUUCAAUAUUAUGUUCCGUAUUUGUCAGCUAUUCAGCUAUAUGGUCAGUCUGCAGAGAAACCAAGUGCCAAGCCAAGGCACACCAGUGAAGAUAGUGAUGGUGAUUACUGCAAAGAUUCGUGUAGUGAAGGAAGCAGCGAUUAUGAAUAUGGUAAAAAGACUGAGCGUUUUAUGGCACAAAGAACUAGUAAAUAUUUGACAGGUGGUGCCUCUUUUCAAAUGCAUACACUGUCUAUACACGAUAAAAACAAUACAAUGCAAGAGGGCUUUUCUAGUGAUGACAGUGAAACUGGGAACCCUCAAGAUCUGCUUUUUGAGUAUUUGGAACAAGAUCCUCCUUACAGCCGUGAACCCUUGACUGACAAGAUACUAGAUCUUGCACGCCACUAUCCCGCCCUCAAGUCACUGAGAAGUUGUGAUUUAUUGCCAAACAGUUGGAUGUCUGUUGCAUGGUAUCCUAUAUAUAGAAUACCCACAGGGGCAACAUUAAAAGAUUUAGAUGCCUGCUUUCUAACAUACCAUACACUCCAUUCACCAUUGACGGGAAGUGGUGGUGCUCAUGCUCCAGUACUGGUUUAUCCCAGUGAGAUGGAUGGUGUCCCAAAGAUAUCCAUACCUACUUUUGCAAUGGCUUCCUAUAAGUUAAAGGGAUCUAUUUGGAUGAAGAAAGGAGCUUGUGAGAUUCAAGUGAUGAAUUCCCUCUUGCAGGCUGCAGAUAACUGGUUAAGGCUAGUUCAGGUGAAUCACCCUGAUUAUCAGUUCUUUACAUCACAUGGCACAUACCACAGAUGAAGUGAAUGAAAUGACACGUCUUUCCCUUCUCUCGGCCAAAACUAAGCCUUAAUUUCUGUGUUAAUUGCUUGGUGCAAACUUGAUAAAACAAAGUUUGGAGAUUGUGAUGGCAUAGGGGAUGCCUCAUGCCUGAUUGUGGGGUUCUUGUUAUAUGUUUAAGCAGCACAAAAGAUGAAGCUGAAAUCAACUUCCCUAAAGUGAAAAUGAAAAAGGGAAAAAAGAGUAGCUUUAUUUGGGUGGAAAAGUAUCAGGUAAGUGGAAUGCCUUAUUGUGAAAAGGCAGUAAAACUAAAUAUAAAACAAAAGAGGGUAUGCAAAGAGGUUUACAGGGAGGAUGUGUGGGAUUAAGGCCUGAGUGUACAAGCCUUUUUUAAUUCAAUAAUGGUUGAGAUCCCUUUAACUUUUAGACAUGAA